AUGUCAGGUCGCCGCGGAGCGAGCCACAGUUCAACUGACCUCUCGGCUGUGGGAGAAUUAACAAGCUGCUCAUUGAGGCCUCAAAACAACGGCGGCUCGCCGCAGCCACUUGUUACACUCCAGCGGAACAUCGACUGCUCGGUACAGGUGCCCGCGGCCAUCCUGCCCCAGAAUCGAUAUCACAGCCCGGCCCGAAGGCCGAAGGCUACAGCAACGGGGGCGUGGCCGCGCGCCUACUACGGUGACUACCACUACGCGCAGCAGCCGCAGCCGCCUCUCGCUUACGCCUACCCGCCGCUCCCCUACUACUACGACCAGCCGAGGCAGCACCCCGGCUACGGCUUCUACAACUACGACGACGAUGUGGUGGCCUCCGAUCCGAUAGAAGACAUUGAGGACGAGAUCCAGCAGGAGGCGGAGCGCGAACAGCGGGAGGAGGCGCUGCCCAUCGGGCAGGAGAUGUGGUUCGAGCACAGCAGUCCGCGCGACGACACAGCCGAGGUCAACUCGCAGUUCCUGCGCAACCUCAUUCUCAGCCAGCUGUACAGCGACGAGCAGCAGCGCCAGCGCGCCGCCGCCGCCGCCUCCCUCUACCCGCACGCGCAGCCGCCUCAGCUCUACCUGCACCCACAGGUGCAGCAACAGGUGGCGUACGGCUUGCCGCUGCUGCCCGAGCACGAGGAGCGCCUGCUGGCGGACGACGCGGCAGCCUGGGAGUACACGUCGAGCGCGCGCCAGCUACCCUACCCGUACGGCACCGAGGAGGACGCGGCGCCCGCCGCCUACGACGAGGACGUCGUCGAACUGAAGUCUCUGGUGAAGAAGGCGCGCCAGCACGCCGCCUCCGCUUCCCUCGCUACGCAGAAGCGGCCAGAGUUCGCGACAGAGCUGGGCCCCUGGUUCGAGGGCGGCAUGCGCUUCUCUGACAGGAAAACGCCUGCCGGCGACGAGAGCCAGGCUGCCGCCACCACGAGCACCUCCACACCUGCGCCAGACACCACGACGACGACGUCGACGACGACGGCGCGCCCCGCCUUUGACGACAAGCGGCGCGGCAUGAAGGAGGUGGCCAUGCCGAGGCCGGCCACCCCCGUGCGGCGGCCCACUGGGACGCGGAGCGGCAGCGGUUCGCACACGUCCGUCUACGACACCAUCAGGCAUCUGCUCAGCAUGGAGGCCACGCUGCAGGAGAAGGAGGAGGUGAGCCGGCGACCUCCGCAGAAGCGGUUUGUGAGCAGCGAGGAGGCGCUGGUGGAGCAGCUGGGCGGCCUGCACAAGCCGCUCUCCACAUAGGCGCUGCC